AUGUCCAAGGCUAUAUCCAUACUCACGCUUAUUGUUCUCGCAUUGAUUGCACAUAUUGAUGCCUACGUGAUUGUUAAGCCAACGCCAACAGUUGAUCCAGAUAUCAUAAAUGCGAUGGCUGUCUUACCUACCGCCGCUCCUCUCAUCAGAAAACGGAUCGUUAAACGCACAAAUGUUCAAGAAACACUUAGCCUCUAUCAAGACUGGGCAAAAGACUGUAAUUCUGAGAAUGACGAAGAUAUCGAUGAUACCGAAGUGAACGAGAACAUUCGAAAGCUGUGGCAAACUGUUACCGUAUACUGCGGUAACAACCAUGUCAAGACAGUUACUAAAACACGCACCGCAACGGCUACAGCGACAGAAACAGUUUCAUCCGAUGACGAAGACGACGAAGUAGCAUGUGACGAUCAAUGCUGGAGCGAUUACCUAUGGCACACUUAUGGUUACGGAAUAACUGUUGCUCAGGGGUUCACUGGCAUCACCUGUAUUAUCAUUGGCUUGUACUUCAUGAUUUUUGGCUACCGCUAUUUCCGUCCAACACUCGGUUUGGUUGGUUUUGUCUUUUUCGCUCUCAUGACCUGGGUCGGCCUGGUCAAUAACGAACCCUUUGAAGGAUACCCACAUACUGAAAUUGUCUACAUAUGUGUCAGCAUCGGCCUUGGCCUAUUAGGCGGCAUCUUAUACAUGUUUUUCUUUCCGCUCGGACUAUACUUUGUUGGUGCUCUCGCCGGUUUGUUCUUUGCUGUUUAUAUCAUGUCCUGGCAAGAAAGCCUGGUCAUCCAGAUUCAAGUGGCACGAAUCUGCUUCAUUAUAGGCAUGGGUGUCCUCUUUAUUAUCCUGGUAGUAUUAGUAGAGAGCUUUACCAUCGUCUUCUCAACAGCGUUCACUGGUGCCUAUCUAUUCAUUCUGGGUCUAGACUUUUUCGCCCACACUGGAUUUAUCAAUGCAUUACUCCUCAUUUUCGACGGAAAUCCCAACCAUUACAUUGCAUAUAUCAUGAAUACACCAGUAAUAGUGAUGCUAGCGUUCGUGAUUGUGCUCACUCUGCUCUCGGCUGGAUGGCAAUAUUACUGGAGUAUAUACAAGGAAAACCGCCUGUUUGGCGUCAACGUGGUUAAAGAAAAACCACCGGCUGAAAAGUAG